AUGGAUUCCGCAGACACCCAGUACCUCUACCGAGAGACUCGUCUCAAUCUCGAACCGGCCUCCGCCUCAUCAGUCGUCAAUAUCCGUGUUCCCUCGCUGACGUCGAGCUGGGGUGCCGCCGCCCGCAGACUUACCAAUGGCAGCAGCGACAAGAACGUGAGCGAGGACGAAGUUGCAUUUCGACUCAAGAACCUGGCGCCCUCGUCGUCGGUCUACCACAGAAAAUGGCACGAUGCACCGCGUAGCUUCCUCUGGAGGCUGCUGGAAGACGGCUUGGUUUUGAGUCUGCGCGUCGUCGACACCUGCCGUCAGGAGAAGGCUUCCGAUGCGCCUCUGAUCCUCAACUUCAGGUUCUCUGUCCCGAUUCAGCCGUCAUGCGUCGCUUUCGCCGACCCCCGCGAACACGAUGCACUCUCCAUGUUCGUCCUCGACGAGUCACACAGUCUCUACACCUUCAACAUCCGCCCCGAUUUCUUCAGGAAGCGCUCCGCGAUCGAGACCGGGCCCGGAGAUGCUGUUAAGGCUUAUCAGCCGAAGGCGUUCGGUCUCAAGCACCCACACCGCAUGGUCGCAGCCAGCACCGACCAAGUCGUUGUCUCUCUCCACGAUGGUGGUCUUGUGAGGUUAGACAGGAAUAAGGGCCAUGACUCCUCAAGCAACCCGUGGAAAGAGACAAUUUACAACUCCCAAGGCUGGGCGCAAGGCAUCCGCAGCUUCCUUCCCUUCAAGCAGAACCACUCCAUUCGAUACCGCAACAUCUCAAUGGACGCUAGCGCCGCUACAUCGAUACAAGUGACGGAUCUAGGUCUGGAUGAUGCCGCGUUCCUCUUCACCGUCUGCCUCGACCACCGCAUGCGCAUUUGGAACUUGCGCACCGGUCAAAUCCUCUUCACAGGAGAUAUCCUGAACUCCGACCGCAACCCCCAAGAGAUGGGCAAGUGGCAGAUCGAGCCAUCCCAGUCAAACUUGCUGCAGCUUGUCGGUGAUGGUGCCGGCAAGAGGAUGUGCGCUACCUAUUCGCCCAUCGGAGCUGGAGAGUUCAAGUUCUGGAACAUCAAGGCUCACGACAGCGAAACCAUUUACGUUGAGGACGCUUUUCCCGACACACACCUCGUCCCGGCCUCGCCAUCAUUAUCAGACGUCUGGACUCUGGCAGACUUCGUUUUGUCCAGUCCUUCAGAUGGAGGCGUGCAACUGUGGACUUUGUGGAAGAACAACAUGACCUACCGAGUCCAGGAGCUCGAACUCGACAUGGAUAGCAUCGGUGAAUCAUGGGAGAACGAGUGGAACUCUGUUUACAUCGAUACCACUUACCCUACGGCGCAGAUAUCUGGCCCGUCUGACCCAACAGACACCACGGAAAAGUGGCUGGAGUUGAUCUUGGCGCCGGGCCGUUUCACCAAGGCAACUCUGGAAACAGCUCUUUCAAUCUACGAAAAGGGUCUUGGGGCUCAGAAGGAGAGCGGUUCUAAAAGUCAAAAGGGCUUGGCAGAAUCCAUUUGCUCCGUUCUCGCCUCGACGGCAUCUCUCGACCGCAAUUCGGCUGGCGGCAUGGACUACGAGCAGUUCCGUGCGAGCAGCGAGAUCCAGUGGCGGAGAUUCUACCGUCUGCUGAUUGAGCUGGACAGGCAGCGCGGUGAGGCGGUUGCUUUGAUCUUGGACUCGGAUGCGGAGAUGACUUGGGUGAUUUGCGCAGAUGCCGUCUCUGCCAUCCGGGAAUGCAGCCAACUCGAACGCCUCUACUAUAAUCUUUCGCGUCCAGAUGAGGGCUCCGAGAAGACAGCGACACUUCUCUCUACGGGUCUCAAUUUCGUUGAUGCCAUUUCGGACAGCAUCCUACAAGUUUGCAAAGCCUCUCUGCGCCCCGAGAUCUUCGAAGAAACACCUAGGACAGACUACGAGCGGAUCCAGUACAUGUUCGACACCACCGCUAUGUGGCGCAGUGUCAGCGAUGAAGAUUGCGCCCAGGUCAUUGAGAGCCUUGGACAGAAUUACAGCGGCAUUACGAUGGAUUUGUACGACAGCCUUGCUUCUCUGGUUGCAGCUAGCGCAGACUCGGGAAGUCGUAAAGCCCGGCAGCCACUUACGGACUUUGGAAGAAAACUAAUCGUCAAGGCCGUGCAAGAGACCAUCGAGCUCCAAUGGAACGUCAUCUUCAGCCAGCUGUUGCUUCUAGUUCACAUGGAAUUCGAUUGGGAGCAGGAAGAAGACAUGCUUUCCAAAAGACUAGACAUCGGCAGUGUGUUCCGACAGUUCCUUGAAUCUCUUCGCAGGCUGGAGUUGCUCAGAUGGCUCUCCAAGACGGAGAUCACAGUCCCCAUCAGAAACAAGCACGAGCGAAGCGGCUCUGUCUCCGGUUCCUUCUCCAGUUCUUUCUCUGACUCACCCAGCUCAUCCAAGCGCAGUGCAGAGGAGACACAAACAAUCACGGCCUUGGAAGGUAACGUUGGACACCUCCUGGGCUUCGUCGAUGGCAAGAAUGAGCCGCUGGCAGCAAGUUUUACAGAUAUUGUCACAGAUAUCUGCGCCUCGAACAGCGACAUUGAGGUGUCACCUACGCUUGUCCAGUGCUCCCUCAUUAGGAGAGAGCGAGCCGAUCUGGCUCUUGAGCUCACGCCAUUCUGCAGCCAAACACCUUUUGCCAUAUACGUGCAGGGCCGUGUCUCCCUUGCCCUCAAGGAUUUUGCCACAGCCGCUAUUCACUUCCGCAAAGCGGCUAUUGGCAUGAGUGUUAGGGACGUUGACGUCGACCGUCACAGCAGCGGACUCCUGGAUGACACGGAAUGGAACCUACUUAACAAGGGCCCGGCUCGUUACUACUGCCAUAUUGUGGCGCUCUUUGAGAAGACCAAGGGGUAUUCUUACGUGACUGAGUUUGCUGGACUGGCCAUUCAGUACUCGCACUCAAGUUCUGAGGCUGCUUUGGUAAAGAGCGAGAUGCUCAGCCGCCAAUUCAAUGCGGCAACCGUUCUAUCGCGCUUCGAUGUAGCUCACGCAAGUCUGUUGGCCAUGAAGGACAAGGCGAUGCAACACUCGUCUUUGCGCAAACUGGUGGACAAGAUGUGCGAAACCUACCACAACAGCGAACUCCUGUCGCUUCCCUUUCCGGGCCUGCAGGACUCCAUCGACGAGAUCCUGGCACAGAGAUGUAAAUCGACGAUGGAUGUCCUCAGCGGCACCCCUUACCACCAGAUCCUCUACUCUUGGAGAAUCAAGCACAACGACUACCGCGGCGCCGCGACGGUCCUGCUCGAUCGCAUCCAGAAGCUGCAGUUCGCCGGCGAAGGUGACAAGCUCAUCGGCGAGGAUAUUCUGGACACCGCGGUGACGAAGCAGUACCUGCUGCUCAUUAACGCCCUGAGCUGCGUCGACCCCAAGCAGGCCUGGAUCUUCUCCGAAGAGCUGCCUCCUCCCAACUCGAGAGAGACGAGCUUCCACGGGAAGCGCAAGGUCGUGACGUUGCCAGACUUGCGCAAGCAGUACCAGGACGAGCUCGACAGGAUUGCCGCCAUCCAGAACAACCAGUUUGGAUUCGAGGCGGACGACGCAAUGGACAUUUUGUAA